UUGUUGACGAUCGGUCGGAUCGUGCGGAUGUGUGCUUUUGGGUGGUGUUAGUCCUCGCAUUAGAAGUAUUAUUGUUCGAGCCAGAGUCAGCGGGGAGUCAGAGAGCAGUGAUAAUAAAAUUAAAGCGAUUGUAGUGCUGAUAAGUGCAAGAAAUCAAAAUAACGGUCGCGAUUGACCUUCAACUGUGUAAUUGUCCGCUAGCGAAAACACCUCAUCACAUCAGACGAGAUUGAUUACCGCAUUAGCGCAUUCGUGAAGUUCUGAAUUAGAUGUUCUGAAAAGAGAUGCAGAGAAUCGACUAAUCAACAAGUUCAACAAUAAUUCCGGAAAACCCCUCCAGUGUUGUAAUCCUAAAUUCAACCUAUCAAAAAUGCAGACAUAUAAAUCAAGCACGCUGUUGGCGGUGUCGCUGUUAUGCCUUGGAUGCGUUUACGCUAUCCAAGUUCCGACCAUCGAUCAAAUCAGUCUCGCCAGUAGCGAUGCUGCUCCCUCUUUCGUACAAUCCCCGCUUGAAUUCGGAGGUAAAAGCGAGCCACGGGUGUACCGACCGGACACUUCUUCGCUCGACUUCGUGUAUCACAACCACGACGAUAUGACUCGAUAUCUGAGGGCAACCACAGCUCGGUAUCCCAAUUUGACGGCACUCUACUCCAUCGGAAAAUCUGCCCAGGAUCGGGACCUGUGGGUGAUGGUCGUUUCUUCCUCACCGUACGAGCACAUGCUCGGCAAACCGGAUGUGAAAUACAUUGGGAACAUCCACGGCAACGAAGCCGUUGGUCGGGAGCUGUUGCUCCAUUUGAUUCAGUACCUGAUUACAAGUUACACCACCGAUCCGUACAUCAAGUGGCUGCUGGAUAACACCCGGAUUCAUAUCUUGCCCUCGUUGAAUCCUGAUGGCUACGCUGCCUCCAAGGAGGGUACAUGCGAUGGCGGCCAGGGACGGUACAACUCGCGUGGCUUUGAUUUGAACCGUAACUUCCCGGAUUACUUCAAGCAGAACAACAAACGGUCUCAACCCGAGACGGAAGCGGUUAAGGAGUGGAUCAGCAAAAUUCAGUUCAUUCUGAGCGGGUCGCUCCACGGAGGCGCUCUUGUGGCCAGUUACCCUUAUGAUAAUACACCGAAUGCCAAGAUUUGUCGAUCUUCAUCGACUUGCGCUGUGUUCCAGAGUUACGUUUCGCAACCCUCGUUGACACCGGAUGAUGAUGUGUUCAAGCAUCUGUCGUUGACGUAUGCAAACAAUCACGCGAAGAUGUCCCGUGGAGUUGCGUGUAAGUCUGCCUCGCCUGGGUUCGAGAAUGGCAUUACCAACGGAGCGGCCUGGUAUCCGCUGACCGGAGGAAUGCAGGACUUCAACUACAUCUGGCACGGCUGCAUGGAGGUUACGCUGGAAGUGUCCUGCUGCAAGUUUCCUCCAGCCUACGAACUGCGCAAGUAUUGGGAUGAUAACCAGCUGUCGCUGAUCAAGUUCCUAGCCGAAGCGCACCGGGGUGUUCAGGGCUUCGUUAUGGCUCCCAACGGCAGUCCCAUCGAACGCGCACAGUUGAAAAUCAAGGGAAGAGACGUUGGUUUCCACACCACUAAGCAUGGCGAGUUUUGGCGGAUUCUCAUGCCCGGAGUCUACAAGCUGGAGGUGUUUGCCGAUGGGUUCGUACCACGGGAUGUCGACUUUAUGGUCGUCGAUCAGCAUCCAACGCUUUUGAACGUCACAAUGCAACCCUCGAAGCGCAAUGAUGGGGGCUUCUAUCGGCCGAUCCAAUCAUCCCAAUCCCAGUACCGACCUCAGCUGGCCGCCGGUCCGCCCCUCCAGCCUGGUAGCAGUGGUUCCUCGUCCGACGAAGGGAUCCUUUCAACGCUCAGCAAUGGCUUUAACAGUCUGGUCAGCAACAUUUUCGGCUAACACCGCUCGGAUAGACCAUUGCGAACGUCAACUCAAACACACAUUGCUGCUACAGUAUUACAGAGAAAAAACAAACAAUCGAUAGACGGAGUACUGGAAGUCUUUAGAUGCACAUCAUCAGCCCAAGAGGGGAAAAUUCACAAACAAACCAACAAAAAAAUAAGAAAAGAAAUGUGUUCUCUCAAUACAAUGAUAAUAAUUAAUAUAGAUUAAUACGUGUUAGUGAAGCAGAGCAACAAUAUCGACCUAGUGAAUGAACAAAAAAAAACAGAUUAUAUUUUAAACUGCUUAAGAGAAGACGAAUAUAUUUAGCGCGCGUAAUACGCAAUCCGCACUAGCGAGUGUUCGUAGAGGAAAUAUUCACAUUUUAGUGACUGAAUACGAUAUAUAUAUAUAUAUAUAUAUUUAUGUAUAAUGAACGGUCGGUUGAAAAUCACAAAUCAUUAGACUCUAGACAAAUUACUGUUAAUUAUAUUUAUGAUAUCAUCCGAUGAUAAGAACUUAUUUAUAUUGACGGUUAGAAUCGUUGAAUAAAUUUGCUGAAGAACAAA